UGUUUCGUGAAUUCAAAUUAAUCACUUUACAUAACGUAACGUAACAUAACGGUGUAAACGUAUUCAUAUAUUUUGAGCAUACAGAUGAGGAAAGUUAAACAUUUAAACAAUGGAUUACAACGUUAUAAUUAUAACGUUGUUAAUUUCUGGUGUACAAAGCUCUCUGCGGUUUUCCAAUUCUUACAGCGAUCAUAUGGUUUUACAACGAGCCCCGGAACGCGCUAUAUUAUGGGGAUAUGCUGACGUCAUCGAUGACGUUGUUUCUGUCUGGAUGGAUGGCUUUCUUGUAGCAGAAACAAAUGUCUACAAUGAGACAUCGGAUGAUUCCACUGGAAUAUGGACAGUCAAACUUCCAGCAGAAAACGAUCCUGGUCCGCACGAAAUUCUCGUGAAUUCAAGUGAAGGCAAUGUCCAUCUUUAUGACGUGUUAUUUGGAGAUGUUUGGUUAUGUUCAGGACAAAGCAACAUGCAAUUUUCAAUGAGUAUGGUAAAUAAUAGUGAAUAUGAAAUCACCCAUUCAUUACAAUACAAAAAUAUACGAAUGUUAACAACUAAACAAGUUCCCAGUUCUUCAGCCAGAGAAGAUGUUGAGGUUCUUCAUCCGUGGAUAUAUCCAAUUAAAGGUAUAAUUGACGAUUUCUCGGCACUUUGUUUCAUGUUUGCACGUGACCUGCAAGACCAUAUUGAUUAUCCAAUAGGAUUAAUUGAUUCAAGCUGGGGAGGAACACCAAUUGAAGCUUGGAGUUCGAAUUCAGCUAUAGAAAAGUGUCCAGCUAAAAUUAAGCACCCACGCUGGAGACGACAAAGUCUAUUGUGGAAUUCAAUGAUUUAUCCCUACACGUUAAUGACAAUAAAAGGCGCUAUUUGGUACCAAGGCGAAGGAAACCGAAACAAUGCUGGGGUGUAUGCCUGUCAGUUCCGUGCAAUGAUAAACGACUGGAGAAAACAUUUUAACAAAAGAUCUGAUGGUGAAACAAGUGUAAAUUUCCCCUUUGGUUUUGUACAGUUAGCCCCGUUCCGGAAAAGCAACACUAUUGGAGGAUUUCCGAAGAUAAGAUGGGCGCAGACGACAAAUAUUGGCUACGUGCCAAAUCGAAAUAUGCCAAAUACUUUCAUGGCUGUGGCUAUAGAUCUUCCGGAUUUCUGGUCACCAUCGGGAUCAAUUCACCCUAGACAUAAACAAGAUAUAGCCGCUCGUCUUGUAUUAGGUGCUAAACAUUUGAUUUAUGGUGACGAGGUCGUGUAUCAAGGUCCAUUUCCAACGGGAUACAGGAUUAGUCCGCAUCGUCAAACUAUGCUCAUCACAUUAAAUAAUGACAAAAAAUCACUACAAGUGAACCAUAAAGAUGGAUUCGAGAUUUGUUGUGCUAGCGCGGCUGUAGAUUGUCUUGAAGAAAGUCCCUGGUACACAGUAGAUAUCGUACGUUAUAGAAAGUCCACAGUGGAAAUUGAUAUAGGUGACUGUUAUAUACAGCACGUCCUAGGUGUCAGGUAUUUAUGGCGCGAAAGUCCGUGUGCCUUCAAACAUUGUGCUUUAUAUGAUAGUCAGACACAAUUACCCGUCCCGCCUUUCAGGAAAAUAUUUGGUAUGGACGAAACAUCUGUGAUGAAAUAACUGUGAUUUUAUUUAUUUAUUUAUUUAUUUCCAUACAAUUGUAUUAUAUUCACAAUCACUAUAUCAUUUUUCUACAAUUAUAUGGAAAAUCGUGUGGAUUUAUUGUUAAAGAAGUUUUGCUUAUUUUUCCUUUCUUAAAAGUUGCAAGACUCGUUCCAUUUGCAUCACGACUCAUGUGCACUUCACAUAAUGUAUAGCACAAAAGGAAAAUAUAUUUUUCUGUACAAUUCUUCUUUUCAUAUGAGUAUUUACAUAACUGAUAUUUAAAUACAAUUUCUAUACAAUUACUUUUUAGAAAGAUUGUUAAAGUGACAUUAUGCUCAUUUUUGAUUGUCAAGUUUAGCUAAAUUGACUAAACAUGUAUAUUUUUAAAAAUAGGCUGUUAUGAUGGUUGCUAUCUGUUUGCCCUACUUGGGUGUGUCUGGGGCUGCGUCCUGUGAACGUUGCCUUUGCCUUGUUGAUCUUUAUUCUUGUCUUUGAUAGACCAACAGGUGAUAUUGAUAAAGUAUUAAUCUACCUUAAUAUAAAAAGAUUGCGUCAUUCUUUUAGAAUUAAACAUCAAAGGUAAAUUCUGAUGGAUAAUUACAGAAUUUCUCUUGGCCAUAUGAUGUAUUUAUCGUUCAUACUGAAGUAAAUUAUAUCAUUUAUAAAAAUUAUGGCAAAAUGUUAUCUUAUUUUGACUUUCACCUGUUCACUAAAUAUAUUACCUUAGAUGGGCAUAAUCCCUUGCA